AUGGGACGUUCUGUCCCAAUGGUGGCGACAGGUCUGGCGUCUGUGGUAUCGGGUCAAUUUGAGGUCACCCCUCGGAUCGACAGAUCAGGGAGACAGUGGUGUAGUCUGUGCAUGGUUGCUGAACCCCAACGGAGCUUCCGUCAACAAGUUGCAACGACCUUCAAGGCUCGAUGCCUUGCUGACUUUCUCUAUGCUGAAUGA